AUUUAUUUAAGAUUCUUGAUUUGAAUAAGAAAGCAUAUGGAAUUCGUUAUUUAUCGAUGGUGCGGAUAGAUUUCUCAUUUUCAAUUCUCUAACAAACAUCCUUAAAAACCUUUUAAAAAAUUUUGAUAAACAUGUAAUGGAUUUGAGCCCAUAUUUACGUUAACAAAAAAAUGAAAGGUAUUAUGCUGUUAUACUCUGGAAAAAUAUAAAAAAAAAUAAAUAAAUUCGUAUAACUCUCUAAUAAUUAUGCCAGACACCCUUGUAAUUUUGAUUCCCAUCUUUUAGGUAUAUUUAUUUUAACGGCCCCUUUAUAGGCGGGAGCAAAAAAGUUUUCCCUCCAAUAUUCUCUAUCUCCUGAUCUCCUUCCUCUUGCACUCUCCGCUCUCUCACUCUUAAGGGAAAAAGAAAAAAACCCAAUUAUUCAGCCUCUAAUUUUAAAACCCUAAUUACUAAAUUAACCUAUUUUAUGGAUAAAUCAGCUGAAGAAGAAGGCCUGGUAACGGUGCCCGAAGAGAUGCAGCAGCAGGAAAGGAGUAAAAGCCGGCGACUGGUGCAGUCAACUCUUUUACCUCACAAAUCAACAGCAAUUGAAUCGAAAAGUGAGCAAAAGAGCCAUAAGGAAUGCAAUGGAGAUGAUAAAGACGGUGAUAACUGUGAGAAUCAAGGCAAGAAAAAAAGAGCGCGAAAGCAAAAAGAAAAUCCUCAAAGUGAAACUCCUAAAGUUAACAAAAGGGCGAAGGAGAAAUCAUCUCCAGAGGCAACACCUGAGAAGGAUGUUAUGCCUAAAAAGGCUGCAAAACGUGGACCUAGAAAGAAUGGAACGCCUAGAAAGAAUGCGACGCCUAGAAAGAAUGCGACGCCUAGAAAGAAUGGGACUAUUAAUGGGAAAACUGCUCCUCAUAUGGGAGAGAAUGGAGAUGCAAUGCCUCAAAUCCCUAAUCUCAGGUUAGAGGCAAAAAUGAUGGCUGAGGAAAAUUCAAGAGUGUUUGGUGGAAAGCAAAUACACCCUUUCUUCUUGUCUCGCAAUGCCAGUAGUCGAUGUCAUGAGAAACCUAUCCCGAGAAAACUUAAAGGCAUUACUUUCGGCCCUAUUCAUGUUUUUGAAAGGGAACAGGAUGGUGCUGUGUCUCUUGACUGGAGAAAUUGGAAAUUUUGCGAGGAUUCUUUUAUCAAUAGCAGUUGUACUCAAGAUGGCCCAUUCUCAUCAAUUUUUGAAUGCACUGGCAAAUCAUUAUGCUUUGAUGAGUUUCCCAGUGUAUCAAAUCCCUCUGGUUCAUUGCUGUGUCCAGAUAAUUUGUCUUCAAAUAAAGCAUCACCGACAGCUGUGUCACUUGAUGUACAGGUGGAUCAGCUUGUUAAACAUGCAGAGGACUAUCAGGUUGAUGAAGUUGUCCUCAUAUCUGGUUGUGAAAGAAAUUCAGAUGAGCAGCAAAGCCAAUAUCCUCAAGAAAGAGCUGCGUCAUUUCAUCUUGGUUGUGCUAAUCAGCUUGAUAGUAGAUUGUGGACUGAUAAGUACCAACCAAAAAAGUCCACAGAGUUAUGUGGUAAUGAUGAUUCUGUGAAGAUUCUGAGUGAGUGGCUUCGAACUUGGUGUCGAAGAGGCCGUCAAGCAAACAGAGAUGAACCUGGUGGUGAUGAAUGUGAUAUUCAAGAUCCUGAUUAUAAUUGUUUUCGGGACGAUUCUGAUUCAGAAAAUAUUAGUGAAGAGGGCAGCUUUAAAAAUGUUCUCUUGAUCACUGGGCCAGUUGGGAGUGGGAAGUCUGCAGCUAUCUAUGCUUGUGCAAAGGAGCAAGGGUUCAGAGUUUUAGAGGCCAGCGCGUCGGAGUGUAGAAAUGGAGCUCUUAUGAAGGAAAGAUUUGGGGCGUUAGAAUCGCAAUCCACUUUAGACUCACAACUCCUUCAGUGGUCACAGGAGAGUUCUGUUGAAUUUCAGAGUGUGGAUGAUAUGAAAUCCCCUACAGUCAUUCCUAAUAGUGAAGUACUGCAAGAGCACGAUAACCAAGGGACUGAAGUGAUACCCAUAUCAGAUGAGGAUAUUUCACAUGAGGCUUCUGAAACAUCUGAGAAAUUUGUUUACGAGGAUAAUUCAGUUGCCUGUGGUCAAGGUCAACUUAAACCCUUGAUUCUCUUUGAGGAUGUGGAUAUUGUUUUUGCUGAAGACCGUGGUUUUAUUAGUGCGAUACAACAAAUAGCUGACAAAAUAAAGGGGCCUGUGAUACUGACCAGCAAUAGCAACAAACCUUUUCUUCCUGACAAUUUGGACAGGCUAGAAUUGUGUUUUAAAAUGCCGUUAGAGAAGGAGCUUCUUCAGCAUUUAUGUAUGGUUUGUUCUGCAGAGAAGGUUAAUGUUCAACCUCGUCUAAUAGAGCAUUUAAUUGACUUUUGUCAGAGAGAUAUCAGGAAAACUAUUAUGCAUCUGCAGUUCUGGUGCCAGGGUGAACAAUUUACAAAAGGUAGAGUUAGUGAAGUACAGAGACUUUCCAGUCCGCUGCCAUUUGAUCUUGAAGCUGGGUAUCAAAUAUUUCCAAAGAUGAUUCCUUGGGAGUUCCCUUCUCAGUUAGCUGAGCUUGUUAUGAAGGAGAUUGCAAUGUCGUUAUGCACUAUGGAGGAUGUCAUUGAAAACCAAUUUGAUGAUCAUGUAAUGCAGAGCAAUAUGGAGAGGUGCAUUUCUGAAACAGACAGUAUAGAGGCCAAGAAGAAAGCAAUGCUAAGCAAUAAUUGCUCCGAUCAUGAUUGCAUUGACUUUUUUGACUUUUUGGAUUCCUCAAGCAACCCACUUGCUUUUUCUCUGAGAAACAGUAGGAGAAAACUUGCAGUUGUGUCUUCUGAUUCUGAAGAUGAGCUUCUUAAUGGAGGAGUGGCAACAACUCCCGACAAGGAUGCUAGCGAUGAAUUAUGUGUUGAGGUUGAUCAAUCUCCUUCCCACUGCCGGAGAAAACUUGUUAUGUCUUCUGAUUCUGAAGGUGAGCUUCUUAAUGGAGGAGUGCAAACACUUCUUAACAAGGAUGCUAGCAAUGAAUUGUGCGUUCAGGUUGAUGAUCGAUGUCCUUUCCACUGCCCGAGCGUGCAAAAAAGCUUCAGCCCAUCAACUGAACUGCAACUAUUUUCAGGAGCAGAGAAGCUGGAAGAAAACCUUCAUCAAUUUUCAGAAACAUCAAUCGACUUAAACGUGAAGGACACGUGCGUAUCAAUUGGAGUGUCAUGUGUGCCAGAGUCAUCGUUUGUGCCUGAGACUGAUAUUAACAACGGAAUAGAAUUUUCAUUCGGUAGGGUGUCCGGUGGUCAAGUGGGCCAAGCGUCUGAAAUCUUGGAAGAAGCUUCAGUGAGCAAUGAAUUCAGACAACAUGUUUUUACCAUUGGAGUUGACAAGUUUGAUGAAUUUAUGCCCAAAUUACAUAAGGAUUCUGAUAUGCCAGAAGGUACUUGUGAAUUCAUUGCAGUAUCAUCUCAUGAAGAGGUGGAAGAUUCUCAAAUUGAACUUAUAGAAUCCAUUACUAGAGAACAUCAGCUGAUGGAUGAAUGUAGCUGUAUAGAUUUCAGUAGGAAAGUCAAGCCACAUGAAAUAUGUAGGUCCUCAAUGGAGAUUGAUGCUGUACGCGAAUCAUGGAGAAAACUUCGUGAUCGUCGUGGAGAUCUAGGACAUUUUGUUGCUGCAGAACAUAAAUGUUCUGAAAUUAUAGAAAUUGCUUGUGAAAUGAGCAAUCUAAUUUCAGAAGCUGAAGUGUUGCAUUUAAAGUGCCAAUCACUAGAUUCCUUGGGAUUGCCAAUGAUUUAUUCUGAAGAAUCAGAUGCAUUUAGCUGGUCCAACGAGCAGUUGCAAAUGACAUCAGCAAUCUUGGAGCAUGGGUUUUGCUUCCAUGCCAAAGUCAUUGCUGCGGCAGGUAUGGAUAUGGGGUUUGACAGCAGGGUGGAUUCCGGGGAGAUGCCAUGUACCAAUAGUAAGAUCAAAGUUGGUGGCGUACUUGGACAGAAUGUUAAGGGGAAGCAGAUAGAUACCAGGGUUGGUGGAGUUGUGAGCUGGCCAGAAAAUGCAACACUGCCAAAUAGUGAGAAGCCACAGCUUGUUGAUAUAAUCCGGUCCAUGGUCCCUUCACGAGCAUACAUGACAAUAAAAGGCAAUGCAUUCUGCGAAUAUCGUUCUUCUCUGGGCCACAUGUCAAGAGCAGAAUCUUGUCGUUUAUCUGAAGGUGUUAACAAGACUAAAAAACGGAGGGGACGAGCUGCUCGAAAUUACUUGAGUACUGGGUCACUAAUGCUCUCAUCUGAAGAAGUUUCGUUGCUGGGUCAGUCUAACCUCUUUGGGAAUAUCUCAACCCAGUCAACAGACUGAUCUUAUGUAGAGUUACAGGAUCUUUUCUGAGAAAAGUAAACAUACAAUAACUUCCUUGCUAACUACAUUGUACUCAUAGGCUUAUUGCAGAUUUGCAGCUGCUGUAGGAACAGAUAAAUGCAAUGGAGACAUAGUCACAACUGGGGCUGGGGCAUCUCCAUUCAACAUUCCUUUGUGCCAACACCUUAACACAAAAGAGAGAUCGUCUCUGUAGAUAUCUUGACUUAAUUUUCGAUGCAUGAUUUUUCAUUCUUCUAGGUUGAUUGUAUAGUUUUUCUUGGUAUUAAAAUAAGGAGCAUGCAGUUUAGACAACAUUAACCUAGUGAUUUAAUGGCCGGAAAAUUUAGGAAAUGAGUUAUAAUGUAUUAUUCUUCAAACACACUUGCUGGAAAUGCUUGGUAUGAGUUCUGCUACU